AACCACGGCCAGCCGCGACGUCGAACGUCGAACACCGACUCGCCCAAAUUUGAAAGCCUGGUGUGUGAGUCGAGCGGACUCGAAUACUAUCGAUUUUUUCGCGAUCCGUACAAAAUUCUCGCGAUCAACGUUUGUUUUUCCGUUUUGCACAACACAAGAACGAUUCCCUACUAGUUUGUCCUAGAAAACUUCCAAUUCAAGUGAUAUUUUUCCAAAAAUACAACUUUCCUAGGCCGGCUCUCAGACGGAUAUAUAAGAUAAGGUCGACUCUACACAACCAGAAGAUGAAGUCGAAAAUCUAAUCCGGCCCAAGACUCCAAACUUCCAAGAACUCUCCUCCGAAGAACAUACAAGCGCAACAGUAGAACACAGUCGGUUUUCGUAAAUUGUGAUAAAUGUCCAAUCUUCCGAUCAGAUCUCGAUAGGGAAUAGGUAAAAGGUUUCAACUACCCCAUUAAUGCCUUCGCUGGACCUCUGCAUCAACACACCAAUGGCUUCAAUGCAACCAGCCCUCUCGUCCAUGAGGAUAGCGGACUUCUUCGACGGCAAGACCGUCUUCAUCACCGGGGGAACAGGCUUCAUGGGCAAGGUGCUGUUGGAGAAGCUGCUCAGGAGCUGUCACGGAGUAUCGAAGAUCUAUCUACUCAUCAGGCCGAAGAAGGGCCAGAACGCGCACGAAAGGCUGGCACAGCUCUUGUGUUCUCCGCUUUUCUCCGAAAUUCGCAAAGAGAGACCACAAGAUCUCCAAAAAGUGUUACCCAUCGAGGGUGACAUAACUCAACCAGAGCUUGCCAUCAGCGCAAAUGACAGAAACAUGCUAGCUAGGGUAGUGAACAUAGUUUUCCAUAGCGCGGCGACAGUCAAGUUCGAUGAAAAGCUCAAAUUAUCCGUUACCAUCAAUGUCCUUGGCACGCAGAGAUUGGUAGAGCUCUGCAAGAAGAUGGACAAUCUAGAAGCUUUGAUCCACGUCUCUACAGCCUACUGCAACUGUAACAGGACGGAGGUCAAAGAGGAAAUUUACACACCACCUUUAAGUCCAGACCAGGUGACCGCUUUGGUCGAUUGCUUGGACGAGGACCUCGUUGAUUCUCUGACCGACAAACUUAUAGGAGACCGUCCAAACACCUACACCUUCACGAAAGCAUUGGCCGAGAGCUGGCUGAAAGAAAACAAAGGGGACCUACCCUUGGUUAUAGUAAGACCGAGCAUAGUACUAAGUAGUAUCGAAGGACCGUUGGUGGGAUGGCUAGAUAAUUGGAACGGACCUACUGGAAUAAUAGCGGCAGCCGGAAAGGGCCUUUUCAGGACUAUGCUUUGCGAUCCCAAUAAAACGGCAGAUCUGAUUCCGGUCGAUAUGGUUAUAAACCUCAUGCUGGCAGCCGCUUGGAGGGUUGGUACAUCGAAGAGCAGAGAACUUAAAAUCUACCACUGUUCCACAGGUCAGCAAAACCCUAUCAGCUGGUAUAACUUCAUACAUUCAUGCUUUAUGUAUAUGAGGCAAUAUCCUUUCAAUGAGGUCUCAUGGUAUCCUGAUGGAACAGUGACCUCUUCAAGAAUACUGAACGUCCUAAAUCAGUAUCUUCUCCAUUGGGCGCCGGCUUAUGUGAUGGAUUUCGCAAUGAAUUUGACUGGAGGAAAGCCUAUAAUGAUGAGGAUCCAAGACAAAUUGAGCAAAGCAGCUGUAUGCCUUGAAUACUUCACCACCAAUGAGUGGAAUUUCGAUGACGAGAAUGUGCGGUAUCUUAAUGCUGUACUCUGCGAAUCGGACAGAAGAGAAUUCAACUUCAACGUGGCCAAAAUCGACUGGGGAAAAUACAUAGAAAGCUAUGUGCUUGGAAUUAGGAAAUUCAUCUUCAAAGAAGACAUAGAGUCCGUACCCCAGGCAAGGAAAAACGUGUUGCGUCUCUACUGGACCUAUAGGUGUAUCCAACUUCUAACAGUGAUGGUCACGUGGCGUUUUCUGACAAUACGCUACGCCCCCUUGCGUUUAAUGUGGACCAAAGCGUUGCAUCUUCUUGUUCAUCUAGCCAGAUUGCUGCCAUUUGUCUAAAUUUAGCCUUAUAAAGCGACGUUUGAAUCAGAAGAAGUAAAAUAUUGAAAUUGGGUAGGGCUCGACAAGUAGCCUCAUCAAGCUUGGCAAAGCAAAUAGAAAAAACGGAUCAUUGUCCCUCGUGUAGAUGAAGCCAUACCAUAGGAUUCUUUGAAAUUUUUUGUACUAGAGUUUUUUACAACUGCAGGGUUAUUUUGUUGAUUCUGUUAGUUCACUACGACUGAAAGGAAUAUUGUUAACAUGAGUAUAGGAAAUUGUUCGGUUCACAAUUUCCAAUUCGUUUUUUCUGUUUUGUUGGUUAGAUUUUACAUCCAUUUGAAAAAAAUCGUUUAUGGGUCGGCUACCUGAAUUCUGUCAUCCUCAUUUAUCCAAUUAUAUACAGCUUGAAUAAAAUAAGUUAGACUAUAAAACAAAUUGAUUGAAUCUACAAAGAUAGAUUUUACCAUUUUUAGAUAGCCCAAUCUAAAUGUGAAAAAAAUGUUUUCUUUUUUGCUUAUCAAUUUCUUAUUUGAAUUGUAUAUAAUUACCUUCUUCCAAAGUAUCGAACAAAGUCUAGAUAUUUAUUUAUAUACAUUUAAGUUAAAAUUAAUAGUAUAAGUGAUUAAUUCAAUUAUUUAUAUUGUCCUCACAUAAUUUUUGAGAAGAAUAUAUUUAUAUAAUUGGUUUUUAUCCAUUCAAACUGGAUCUUAGAAAAAUGAGGAGCAGAAUGUGUCAAUUGGUUUUAAUCGUUAAGUAUUGAGUGUGAAAUGUAGUUUAAUUUUAUCCAUGUCAAUAAUAUGAAACCAUUCCAAAUUUGGAACUUAUUGACACAUUCUCUAUAUGAAUAUUAUGAAAAAAUGUGCAUUUGAACAUUAAAAUAUCACAAAAAAUAUUCUGCAGUGUGCUUCCAAAUCAGAAACCUUCUCAAUAAAUUAACUGAAUUCUUUUUAACAAAAAGAAACACUCCAAACACUUUGCCUAAUGUUGGUUUUAGGAUGGAUUAUGUUUUUCAACACAUUGCCAUUUUGCAUUUUUUAGAAUUAAAACAGUUUAUAUUAAUACAUACUAUCUGUUUCGAAUGCUUUGUAAAGUUUAGAUUGAUUUGAGUGUAAUUGUAACUGAAAAAAAUGUAAUGUUGAUUGUAAAUUAUUGUGAACCUUUUUACCAGUAUGUACUAGUCUGUAAUUUAUAGAUUUUGAAUGGAAACGCUUUUUAUAAUUUAUUAUAGAAAUGGCAGUUUUCAUCAUGAAAUCGUAAUGAAAAAAUAGGGAACUUCAGAUAAUAUAUUUUUAGGAUAUGUUGAAUUUGAAGUCAUUCUAAAUUGACUUAAAAAUUAGACAUCGAAAAUAGGUACCAAAUUUAGUUUUGAAUAGCACAUAUUUCUCCUUGGCUUCCAACAGUUACAACUGAUUGCAUUCGCUAAUUUUUUUAUAAACUAAUCUACUGAAAAGGAUUAGUAGGAGUACCUUAUAACUUAUGGAACAAAGUGAAUUACCACAAAGAUAUGCAAAUCAAAGUUUUAGGAAAGUAGGUGGUAGUAUGUAUGCGAACCGAUAAAGCAUAUUUUUAAGACAUCCUGGAGAAAUAUUUGUAAAUCUGUUAUGUUAUUUAGUUUCUAAAAUCUAAAAACUAUAUGUUUCAAACAGAUUGAAAUGAAAUAAAUAUUGUUUAAAAUAUUAAAAA